UAAAGACACGGUGCAUGAGCUACACAACCAGUCAUCAUCAUGGCUCCUCAUGCUGGUUGUUUUUGGAAAGGUCUCCUGCUGUUCUGCCUUCUCUCCGUUUCUGUGAAUGGGCACACAUCAGCGCCCUCUUUCAUGGUGACAUUUCCAGCUGUGAUACAGUCUGGAUCUGAAGCCAAACUGUGUGCAAGUCUCCUGAAGCCCAAUGAAAGUCUCAUAAUGAACAUUUAUGUAGUGAAUGAUUUGAAAAACACAUUACUGCUGCAGGAGAAAAUAGACAAAGAGUUUCACCGCUGCUUCGACUUCCAGGCUCCACUAGUAGUAGAAGACUCAGUCCAGAAAAUAAAGGUGGAAGUUAAGGGGGAGUCUUUCCAGAUGACUGAAGAGAGAAAAGUGAUGUUUAGACACUACAAUCCUCUGACCUUUAUUCAGACUGAUAAACCAAUCUAUAUUCCAGGACAAACAGUGCACUUCAGAGUUGUUACCAUGGACACAAACUUUGCCCCCCUUGAUCAGCAGUAUAGUGCAGUGGUGCUUGAGGACAGUCAUGGAAACAGAAUCGGUCAAUGGUCAAAUGUUUCCUCAACACGGUGGAUAUUACAGCGUUCUUAUGACUUAAAUCCAGAAGCUCGUGAAGGCAGCUAUAAACUGACGGCUCUCGUUGGUGAAAGAAUGAUUACACGUUAUUUUAAUGUGAAAAAGUAUGUUUUGCCCAAGUUUGAUGUAACCGUCAAAAAUCCCACGGAAGUCAGCAUUGGGGAAGAGGAAAUGACAAUUGAGGUUUGCGGAAAAUACACAUACGGACAGCCUGUACUUGGCACAUCUUGGGUAAAAGUGUGUCGUAACUAUUUACAUCACGUUGUCAUCAGUGACAGUACCCCACUCUGUUUGGAGGAGAUCACUGAGAUUAAAGAGAAUGGCUGUGCCACCCAUACCAUCAGAACAUUGCACUUUUUCAACACCACAUUGAAUGAUAUUAUGCAUAAUAGUUUUACCGUUAAUGUGAAAGUAACAGAAGAAGGAACAGAGACCUCCAUGACAAAAUCUGAAUCUAUAUCUCUCACUUACGAAAUUGGCAAAGUCACAGUUACAGGCCCCAAAACAUUUGAACAUGGAUCAGUUAUUGAAGGACACAUCAAGCUUAUCGAUUUCAAAGGGAUGCCGAUUCCUCACAAAGACGUGUAUCUUUUUGAGGGUGAACGCUGGUCUUCAACUCUUCUGUUAAAUCUCACUACAGACAGUGAUGGACUGGCCGCUUUCUCACUUAAUACAUCAAGUCUGCCUCAAAGAGAUAUUAGUCUGAUGGGAAAUAUAUAUCCAGAUACGCAUUAUCGUGGCUACAAAAACCCUCACUACUCUACAGACAAAACAAUAAUUUUGCUCUUUCAGCCAGCCACUCCACAUACACCCACAUUAAGUGAAUUGACAAUAGAAGGUGCUAAUGACCCUUUAAAGUGCAAUUCUGAGUUUCCAGUCAACAUUAAAUAUUAUUUUAUUGGUGAAACUACUGAUGACUUCAACACUGACAUUGUCUAUAUGGUUUUGUCCAGAGGAGUGAUAGUUCAUCAUGGAUAUGAGAAGGUUAAAGUGAAGACUUCUAAUGGAGCAGCGAAUGGCUCAGUGUCAUUCAAACUUUCUGUUGAAGCAGAUCUGAGUCCAGCUGUGCAGAUUCUAGCUUACUGUCUUCUGCCCAGUGACAAUGUGGUCGCUGGUAGUAAAACUUUCAACACUGAAAAGUGCUUCAGGAACAAGGUGUCUGUGCAGUUUUCUCCUGCUUCAGCAGUUCCAGGUGAAGAAAACACUCUACAGCUUUCAGCUCAGCCCGGUUCACUGUGUGCUCUCAGUGCUAUAGAUCAGAGUGUUUACAUCCUGGAACCAGGAACACGUCUGGAUGCUGAUAAGAUCUUUAAUCUUUUGCCAGUGCAAUCAGCAUCACAUUAUCCUUACGAAACUGAAGACCAGCAAAAUUGUUUGCAUGUGAGACCCCGUCGAGCCGGAGAAAUAGAUCACGUAUACGAAACCUUAAAGAAUUUGGGAUUGAAGAUGGCAACAAAUUUGGAAGUGCGCAAACCUGCAUGUUUGACACUCAAUGGCCUUACUUAUCACAGAUAUGAUAAUGUAUUUGAUAUUUCAUAUCAAAGAGUUGGAAUGGCAUUUGAUGGUAGUCCUCAAGUGACAGUAAGGAGCAUCUUUCCAGAGACAUGGAUUUGGCAACUUUCUGAAGUUGGGGAUUCAGGAUCAACACAAGUUCCAGUGAAGGUUCCUGACACCAUCACCACCUGGGAGAUGGAUGUGUUCUGUCUGUCCUCUGAAGGUCUGGGUCUGGCUCCUCCUGCUCAGCUGACAGUUUUCCAGCCCUUCUUCCUGGACCUCUCACUGCCUUACUCCAUCAUCCGUGGAGAGAUCUUUGAGCUGAAGGCCACCGUCUUUAACUAUCUGUCCAAGUGCAUCAUGGUUAAAGUAACUCCAGCUCCGUCCUCAGACUUCACUCUUAAAGCCUCCUCUGAUGAUCAGUAUUCAUCCUGUCUAUGUGCUAAUGGAAGAAAAACAUUUAAAUGGAUUCUCACUCCUUCUGUACUUGGAGUGUUGAAUAUUACAGUGAGUGCAGAGGCAGAGCAGUCACAGACUGUGUGUGACAAUGAGAUUGUGAGCGUGCCAGAGAGAGGACGCAUUGACAUAGUUACUCGAAGUCUCCUUGUACAGGCUGAAGGAACUGAAAAGACAGAAACGCACAGCUGGUUACUGUGUCCAAUGGGCAACAGUCUGUCAGAAGAUCUUGAUCUGACUCUUCCUAAAGAUGUGAUAGAGGGAUCAGCCAGAUCUUCUGUUUCAGUCAUUGGAGACAUAUUGGGUCGUGCGCUGCAGAAUCUUCAUGGAUUAUUGCGGAUGCCGUACGGCUGUGGAGAACAAAACAUUGCUGUUCUUUCUCCCAAUAUUUACAUUUUACAGUAUCUGGAGAACACAGAGCAGCUCACCUCAAACAUCAGAGAGAAAGCUGCAGGCUUCCUGAAGAGUGGUUAUCAGAGACAACUGAACUAUAGACAUUAUAGUGGUGCAUACAGCACAUUUGGUCAUGGGAAUGAGAAUACAUGGUUGACAGCUUUUGUCCUGAGAUCUUUUGGCAAAGCACAGAAAUACAUCUUCAUUGAUCCACAUGUUAUUCAGAGUGCAAAGGAUUGGUUAAUAAGAGGACGUAGUUCAGACGGCUGUUUUAUUCAACAGGGAAGUUUGUUCAAUAACAGAAUGAAGGGUGGAGUAAAUGAUAAUGUGACCAUGACUGCCUACAUCACUGCAUCAUUGCUUGAACUGGAAACUCCAGUGACCGAUCCUGUGCUCACUCAAAGUUUGUCUUGUUUGAGGUCCGUCAUUGGGAAUCUUAAAAACACUUACAGCACUGCGCUGCUUGCCUACACUUUCAGUCUGACGAAUGACACAGACACCCGACAGCGGCUUUUAAAGGAGCUCGACACUGUUGCCAUUUCAGAUGGAGGUCUCCUUCACUGGACUCAGAUGGGAUCUAGUGAUGAUUCUGGUUCUCUGGCAGUGGAGAUCAGCUCAUAUGUUCUGUUAGCGGUUCUCACAACAGAUUCAGUCACUACAGCUGAUCUGGGAUAUGCUAACAGGAUUGUGAGCUGGCUUGUGAAGCAGCAGAACGCUUAUGGAGGAUUCUCCUCUACACAGGACACAGUUGUGGCUCUUCAGGCUUUGUCUUUGUACGCCACCAAAGUGUUCAGCUCUGAUGGCUCCAGCACAGUGACAGUUCAGUCAGCAGGAGACUCUCACAGCUUUGAUGUGAAUCAAGACAACAAGUUACUGUAUCAGGAGAAGAAACUGAAGAACCUUCCAGGAAAAUACAGCAUUGAAGUGAAUGGAUCAACCUGUGUGUCUGUGCAGAUGGCUCUGUUUUACAACAUUCCCACCCCCAGUGAAGAUAAAUCAUUGACUGUUGAAGCUUUACUUGAGGCUGAUUGCAAAAAAUCAUUCGGACAACAACAUCAAUUGAACUUCACAGUGAAAUAUAAUGGUUCACAGAAAAACACUAACAUGGUCAUUGUGGAUAUUAAACUCUUAUCAGGAUUCACAGCUGAUACAUCUUCGCUUGGCAGAUCGCAGAUGUUUGAAUCAUUUGUGGAGCGGGUGGAUUCUAAAGAUGAUCAUGUCAUUGUGUAUUUGAAGAAGGUUCUCAAAAAUAUUCCCAUGAAUUAUAAGAUACAAUUAAAGCAGAUUCAACCAGUUAAGAACCUCAAGCCAGCGGUCAUUAAAAUCUAUGAUUACUACCAAACAAGUGAUCAGUCAGAGACCGAGUACUCCUUCCCCUGUGAAUAAACUUCAGUACGGCAGCUUAAAUAAAGUUCAAGUGAAUACACAAAUGUUUAAUGUUAUUUUAUGUGUUCAUUUAUUUUGUUCUUUAUUUCAGGCAAAUAAAAAAUAAUUUGCUA